AGGAAAGCUAGAGAAGAAGUCUCUGAGCCCCUCCCAGUCGGCAUGUCCGUAAUGCCAAUUUUUGCGGCCUGUCCGAGUUUCUGCUGCCACAGCGGCUUCUGACCGAAACCCUUCAUGUUGAUUGUUAUUGGAUAAGUUCGCUCGUUUAAGAUGUUUUAUUUGUGUUGUAGCAAUGUGUAACAGAUUAUUAGGAAUUCCUUCUAAGAUAUCCAGAAGUUUAAUUACCUGACGUCAACGCAAGACACAUAACUUUGGUUUGGUUAAUAUUGCCCUAACGUUGUCUCAUUUGCAGUGGGGAAAAUGUUCCCAAAAACGAGACUCCAAAAUGCCUUGUCUUCAUUCAUUUCUAGUACAUGUACAAUAAUAAAGUACAAUAAUACAACUCCAGGCCUAUAAAUAUUCCUGCUUUCUAUUAUAAGUAAAGUGUUGGAGAGGUGCAUGAAUCGAGAGGUUCUGGAUUACAUCGAACGCUACGGUUUGAUUAGGACAUGGCGGUAUGGUUACCGGCGCCAGCUAUUCCACAGGAGAUCUCCUACGACAAGUUUUCCUUUUCAUCCACAAUGUCAACGCGGUUGUUCCGCAGGGAUUGGUCUUAGCUCCUUCACUGCUCCUAUUACAUAUCAACGAUCUCCUUUCCUGUACGAUCAAUCCAUUCCAGAGCUUAGCUGAGGAAUAACAAGAGACUAAAAUAGCUUUAUUAAGAGACAGCACUCUUCAUGCAAGAAAUCAGAGUGUUAGGCCGAUCUCUGCCGAUGAGCUAGAGAAAGGAAGACUAGCAGCGACUUCCUCUCUGACGAGAGAUCUGAAAGUUGUCACCGUUUGGAGACACAACAAUCUUGUGAUGCUUCCAAAUCACAGUACUCUACCUUGACACCAAAAAGCGCCAUAGCGUGAUGUGCCCGUCAGACAGACCCGCUUGACUUCCGCCCCUCAUCCAAACGAUGUCAAACUUUGUUCAUCCAGAACUGGUCAAUACGACCGCUCAUUUGUUCCUAGGGCAUCUAGAAUAUGGAACAAUUCUUAGGCAGGUAAAAAAUUGAAUUAAAAAAGUUUAUUUAAGUUCCUUAUAGCAGCCGCGGUGCCCUGGCACAAAAAAUCGUAAAACAUUUGUAAUACACAUUAAUGUAUGGGUAGUUUGUGAGCGAUCAAUGUUGUUGGGCGUCAUGUACUUUUUAUGUGUUAUUCUGUAGAGGUAGGUGUCUAUUUAAUCAUCUCUCUAUUAUACGGAAUAAUGUAUGAGUUAUUGUGUUUUUGUCUCACUGAUCCAUCUUUUCAAAUAACGAAUAAAACAGAUCAUAUCUCAAAGUAUGACGGGAAGAAAUCGGAAUAACUGUUAUGGACAAUGUGGCGUCUCCAUUUUUAAGUGCAUUUUACUUUUUGUGGCUAUACACUUGGAAAAAAGAAAAGCCUAUUGGUCAGAUUGAACGCUCACAGGCGUCGGCCCUGGCAGGGUUUCUACGAAUUUUUCGCGUCAAAAUUGGUUCCAUUAUUUGUGCUAUUAUGGUUCAAAUAUAUUGCAGCGCUGCGAUGUGACAGUAUUUUGGUAGCGUAUCCGUCACGUAUUUCAAUAGGUCGCUUAGGUUACGGUUGAUGGCGACAACGUCAUGACGUCUCGAUGGAGGAGACCAGUAGAAAAGCUGCUGUCUAGUUUACCACUUUUGGAUCUACCGUCUCUUUUGCAGCCCUUGAACGGGCAUUCUUUACUGACAUACGAUCAUGCCAUUCUUUGUCUUUCCUUCAAUCCACCCUUCCAGGACAAUUGACAAGUCCACAGUCCCCACAAAAAGAUUGCCAUUCGUUUCUCUCGUGAAGAAACAGACAUCUUUGGCUCAAGAAAGGAAUGGCCUGAUUGGAUGACAGGAAAGAACGCUCUUGAGAUCAACAGGCUGAUAAUACGUUGAUAAUUACAGAGAAGCGAUCAAAGAUAUGAAAGAGCACAACAUCGAUGGACACAUCUUCAACAUCAAUAGCGUUGCAGGACACUUCGUUUUCAAUUAUCCAAAAUUAGAAAUUUACACAGCAACAAAAUAUGCGGUUACCUCCUUAACAGCAUCUAUGAGGCAGCAACUGGCGAACCAAAAAUCGAAAAUCAGGUUUACGAGUAUUAGUCCAGGCUUGGUUGACACAGAAAUCGUUGCGGGUCUAGAUUUGAGUAUCACAACUGGGGGUCCACCGUCGUUGAAGUCGGAGGAUAUUGCUGACGCCAUAGAAUAUGCUUUAUCGACACCACCACAUGUACAGGUCCACGAAAUUAUGAUAUGGCCAACUGGAGCGCUAUCAUCAUGAACGGCAUCCAUUUUCUUAAGCGCUUUAUGUUUACUACAAUUACAAUGUUAAGUGUUUCAGUCAUAUGAUCAAGUGCCACGUUAUUCGAAUCAGUCUCAGUACACCGUGUUACUGCGAGUAUAUUCACACGAUUCGUCAUGACACGAUUUUUUUGCCCCAGUAUUCUUAAAAUUUAAGUACAUCAGUAUCUUCGAAUUGUAAACAUUCAAUAAUAUGUCGCAUAAGAUUGUUAAUUUUUAAGCUACUUAACAAUAUUGUCUUCCUAUGUGCUCAAAGAACUGUUCUGUUUUGUUGUACAAGUGCGAAGUAUAAAUACUUAUUAUAAAUACGAGUAUAAAAGACCGUUAUUAUCCUCACCACUUUAUAAACCUGCCUUGCCGUUCAAGAUCAUUACCAGC